AUGAUGAUGAUGCCAGUGGGAUUUCGUUUUGAGCCCACCGACGAAGAGCUGGUAGGCUUCUAUUUGUUGAACAAGGUAAGGGGAGAAGAUAUAGGUUGGGAUGGCAUCGGAGAGUUUGAUAUUUAUGGUGAAAAGGAUCCCUGGCAAUUCUGUGGUGAUCAGGAGAAGCUUUACGUUUUUACAAGGCUAAAACAACUCAGCAAAAAUCGAGUGGCACGAACAGCGGGUUGCGGUGUUUGGCAUGAGAAUUCUGCCGACAAAAUCUACGAUGGUCAGGGUGAUGUUAUUGGGGUCAGGAAACUCUUCUGCUUCAAGGUGAAGAAACAGAAAUCCAACUGGUUAAUGCACGAGUUCUCAUUAGUUGGGGAGGGAGAACGAGAACGGGCGACUGACUGGGUUCUGUGCACCAUCCAAAAGAAAGAAUCACGAUCAAGAGUUGGCGUUAAAAGAUGCUUUCAAGAUCAUUCUUCUCCCACCGUCAUCUCUGUUCAAACUCCAUCUCCAUUGCGAAAUUCCAUUAAUACAGAAGAAGAAGAAGAAGAAGAAGUACCGCUACUUGAGGACGGAUCCCAGCAGAGAAAGAAGAUGCGCUGCUGCGAUGUCGAAUGUCAAGCCACUGCGACCCCUUCAUCAGAAUGUCCAUCUGAAUUUGGAACGCCUGAGUCUGAAUUGGAAACCCGUCUACCAGCUAGUGAUAACUCUGACCCUGAGUUGAGUGUUUCAUAUGAAUAUUUGGAAACCUUGAUGAGCUGUCAGCUAGCCAGUAAUGAUGACUCUGCGUCAGAGUUUUAUGCUUCAUACGGUUAUCUGCCGCCACCGCCUUCCCCCGCGGGUGGACAUCUGCCGCUUGAUGCAUGGGUGGAUUCUUGGGAUCCUGAGUUUGCUACAUUACUUUCCUAG